AAAGUCAUCACAAAAAACAACAAAGGUCUAAAGCGAAACAACAAAUAAAACCUGAACCAAAAUAAAGUUAAAUAUAAAUCAGUUAUACAAACUAUCAGACCAAUUAAAUGUCACUUAAUUAUAAUCUGGAACAUUUGAAAACCUUUAUUGUGAUGGUGAUGAUACGGUUUUUAUCAUUGUUGUUAUUAUUGUUAUUAUUAUUAUUAUUAUUAUUGAUCAUAAUCAUAAUAUUGUUGUAAUAACCGGGCUCAGAGAGGGGGGGUUCGGACCCUCAGGUCGGGCUCUCCGUUCGUAUUCAACUGAUGAGGUUUCUGUUUAUCAAUCAGUCUGAUCGAUUAUUGAUGCCGCCUGCGCAGCCGCCCCCCGUCCCCCCUCAUCAUCACAUCCAUGUUGUCUGACCGGAGGAUGAGUCGGUAGGAGGCUAACCGCUAACGUCACGGAGCGGCGGCACCGGCCCGGUUCUUCAUGUCCCUUCAUGUUCUGACGUUGUCCAGCGGAGCCGUUACCGUCACCAACCGGUCCGGACUACACAUGGCUGCGGGUCGGUGCUCGGCCGGGCUUCCCGGGUAGCUCGGCGGGGAGAUGCCGCAGCUAGCCGCCGUUAGCUCCGCAGCUGUUUAUGUAUGUGGCUGUUAUGUAAGACGGAGGUAGCCGAGCAGCUAACGUUAGCCCGCCGCCAUGAAUGACGCGCAGCAAGAAAUGUCUCCGGACUUCGUCCUGAUGCGGCUCGUGUCCGCCGCCGAGUACGACCGGCUGGACGAGCCCGACGACCUGAUGUCCGGAGGCGGCGGCUUCGGGCCCGUCAAAGCGGCGCUGGGACACCGCGGCGGCGGGUUUGAGCUGGACUCCGGCGGCCCCUCGGCAGGCCUCGGCUCGGCGUCCCCGCACUACAGCUCGCCGCUCCCCGGGAAAGGCGAGCUGGACGGCGGGCUGGUGUUGACGCAGGCCCCGCCGGGCUCCGAGGCGCCGCUGUCCCCUCCGCCGCCCGAGGACUUUGCCGUAGCGGCCCAGCGGUUCGUGGACUUCCCGGUGCCCCACGGACACGGCCCGGGGGGGCCCGGGUCUAGAGCGCAGCUGAUGGUGUUCCAGAACUUGCUGCGUUCUGGAGACCGGAUCCUGGAGUGCGGGUUGGAGCAGCCGCCCCCAGGGUUCCUGCAGGAGGAGCAGAGACAGCAGCUGGACCCGGGCUCAGGGACCGGUCCUGGAGGCACCACGGCCGGGCCCGGAGGCGGGAGGGACCAGAACUCCCACUGCAUCCCCCCCACAGAGGACGGCCUGCAGGCGCAGCCGCAGCUUCUGCAGUGGCACCCGGUGCUCCGGCUGUCCAAAGGCUCCGACGGCUCCCAGAACCCCCAGCAGGGCAUCCCGGCUCUGGACUCUGACCCCGGGUCUGUCCUGUGCCAUAGACACCGCCUGCUGACAGACCGGCUGGCAAAGUGGCCCCCAGGCCUGCUGGAUCAAGCCCUGCGCAUGGGGCUCCUGGAGCCCAGGAAGAGCUGCCCCCCAGGGAGCGAGGAUCCGGUUCUGGCUCUGGCCCGGAGGCUGGGUCAGCUGGGUGAGGGGAGGGAGGGAGGCGGGGGAGAGGACAUGGUGCUCCCCCUUCCUCGCUGCUCCUGCCACAGCGUCCUGGCCCCGGGGCCAGGGGGCAUGGGGCCCGGGGAGGACCCGAGUGAGACCAGCGAUGCCCUGCUGGUCCUGGAGGGUCUGGGGUCCGAGGAGGUGGGGGGGCUGGGGCGGGGCGGGGACGGCGAGGACAUGGGGGAUACCGACAAAAGAGAGGUAGGGGGAGUUGGUGGAGGGAGGCCCCCUGGAGGUGCAGGACCGGUGUUCUCCAGCGGGACACUGAGUGGGCUGAUGCGGCAGGUCCACCGGCUGGCAGAGGAGGCGGGGGUCUGCACGGAUCAGAGUUGCCGCUCCUCGCUGGCCGUCCUCCCCUCCCUCGGCACUGCCUCUUGCCCUUACCCACCUGUCCGCCCGCAGGCCCCCCAGGCCACCGCUGCCCUCAGUGGGCUCCAAGCUUCACCUGACCCUCUCCCGGCCUCUGGCCCAGGCCCGGCCCCCCGCCCGCAGCAUCAGCACCAGUCUCGAUCCCAGCCGCAGAGCCGGGCUGCGACCCCCAAGCUUGGCGUGGCAUCGUGUGGGCCGGGUCGGUCUGCCUCCCCCCUAGUGGUCCUGGAGGGGGAGAUUGGGGGAGGAGGUGGGAGGGAGGGGGAGAAGACGCCACGAGGAAAGUCCAGGAAGGGGGGGUCCCUGAAGGUCCGUCUUAGCAAGCUGUUCAGAACCAAGAGCUCCAGCGGCGGGUCGGGGGGGCUGCUGGACAAGAGGCCGUCCCUGGCUUCAUCCACCUCGUCUGGGGGGAGUCUGCUGGACGUGUGGGGGUCCACCUGCAGCAACACGGAGCAGGACGCCAGCAGGCUGCAGGUUUCCAGACCUCACAGUGCCUUCUCUCCGGUGCCCUUCACUCCUGCUUUCACCGGUGAGACGGUGUCUCUGGUUGAUGUGGACAUUUCUCGCAGGGGGGGAAGCUCCCUGCACCCCCCCACCCCCCCUCCCCCUCCCAGGCGGAGCCUCAGUCUUCUCGAUGAUUUCGGGGGUCCUCCUCAGCACCAGGGGCCCUUUAUUGAGCGCAGCGUUGGGGCCUCCAUGCAGUCUCUGCCCCCCCGACCGAUGGCGCUGCCUCCCUCCCUCAGCACCAUCCAACACAGCCUGAGCCUCAACGACACCUUCCUGAGAGGUUUACCCCGACCGAUACCGCUGCGUCCCGAUGGUCACCCUCCGCCCCGACUUGCCCCUCGCUGCCCCCUCAGUCGACCUGAUGCGGGCAGCUUCGCCACCAGCCUCAGAGAGCUGGAGAAGUGUGGCUGGUACUGGGGUCCAAUGAACUGGGAGGACGCAGAGAUGAAGCUGAAAGGGAAACCGGACGGUUCUUUUCUGGUCCGGGACAGUUCGGAUCCUCGAUACAUCCUGAGUCUGAGCUUUAGGUCGCAGGGUGUCACGCACCACACACGCAUGGAGCACUACAGAGGAACCUUCAGUCUGUGGUGUCACCCCAAGUUCGAGGAUCGAUGUCACUCUGUGGUGGAGUUCAUAGAAAGAGCCAUCAUGCACUCCAAGAACGGGAAGUUCCUUUACUUUCUGCGCUCGCGAGUCCCAGGCCUGCCCCCCACCCCAGUCCAGCUCCUGUAUCCCGUCUCCAGGUUUAGCAGCGUUAAAUCUCUGCAGCAUCUCUGUCGCUUCUGCAUCCGGCAGCUGGUCCGAAUCGACCACAUCCAGGAGCUGCCGCUGCCCACGCCUCUGAUCGCCUACCUGAGGAAGUUCUACUAUUACGACCCAGAGGAGGAGAUCAGCCCGACGCUGAAGGUGCUGAAGGAGCAGAGGGAGGUGAAGGAGCAGAGCCCCGAGCAAAGCAGCCAGCCGGGGGUCGAGUCCCAAACGUAGCACCGGAGCCCAGAGACAGCAUCUUUUCUUUUCUUUGUUUCUUGGACUCUGAAGGACGUUCAAACUUUCAAACUGCAGCCAAUCAGCUCGCUCUGCUCAGUCCUGUAUCCGGGCGGGUUUCAGAUGAUCCGUCCUCUUCCGGGCUCUCUGAUUGGCUCACGGGGAGUCGCCAGGGGAGGGACAGGGGAUGUGGAGACUCCGCCUCUCUCUGAUGUCAUCACUGAGCAGCCGGACUGAAGGACGUUAGCAAAGACGCUAAAAUCUCCAAAAGAGCCUCAGUGAGGACAAACCGCGGCUCUCGUCCAGGAUCAUGUGACCUCUGACGGCCACUUGAACGUCGCCGCGCUUUCAAUCUAACAACGGAAGCGAGUCAGAACUCGACUGUCUGCAGGUCCAAAGUGCCGAGGAAGAGUCCAACUCAGAGUCCGCGAGACACUUUCAGAGUGAAACUGUGAAAAAAAAACCCAAACAACUGCAAAAAACAACUAAAUGACAAAAUAUGCUCAAAAAAUUAUGACGCAGACGCACAUAAUGACAACAAAGAGACAUGACAUUAUUACAUUAAAUUAUUAAAGACACACAAUGACAAUAAUGAGACAAAAAAUGACUAAAAAACAACAAACUGACGGCAAAGAUACCUAAACUGACAAAGAAAUCCCACAAAGUGACAACAAUGUGAUAUAAAAUGACCACUAAGAGACGUAGAAGGACGAAAGACUUGACAACAAAGAGACACAAAAUUAUGACAAAGACACACAAUAACCACAAGGAUACACAAAAUGACAA